AUGGACACUUUAGAUAGCUUAGGCCCUGUUAGUAAAAUAGCGGAAGUUGCUGCAAACGUUGGGCAAGCUGUAUUUCCACUUUUUGGUGCUAUUGCGGUAUUAUUUCGAGAAAUAAUUGUUUUGGCCGAGAAAGCAGGGCACAAUAAAAGAGUCUGCAGAAGGUUGGCUGAGCGUGUACGUGUAGCAAAUCAAACACUCUCACAACUGCUUCUGAAGGACGAAAAUGAUCUGGCUUUAAAGAAUUAUGUUCAAGCGAUUACGAAUUGUAAAGAUUUCAUUGAAAAGAUUAGCAAUUCCGGGACAUUCAUGAAAUUAGUUACCGCUCAUGAGAUCGAAACCGCAUACAGGGACAUCACUGAAGAAUUAGAUACCGCAAUUAAUCAAUUGGGGCUAACCGUGUGCAUUAGGACAAAUAAAGACAUAGAAGAUGAUCGUAAGUUAUUCCUUUCAGAAAUAAAAACUUCAUUCCAAGUCAUUGAAGAAGUUACAAAAGACUUGUAUGACAUUGGAAUGGAUGUUCAACAAAGAUUUAGUGUAUUUGAAGCCAAGUUAGAUACCAUUCAUACGGCUGUUGAUAAUGUGAGCAAAGGAGUCAUAAUAAACAAUAAAACUUUGGAAAAUUCCAAAAUACCUAGUCAUCAAAUUACAGAUACUGAAGAAGAAGAGGUGAAGCGUGGUCAUAUAGUGAAGAAAACAUAUAUCAUGCAGACAGUCGCUCAAAAGGAGAUCGGGCAUGUUUAUUCUUUACAGAAAUCCAUAGACCUCAUUGAAAGAGAGGUUGCUAUUCUCACUGAACUAAGAAAUUGUCAACAUAUUAUAACAUUUUAUGGUACAAUGCAGCGUAGCGGUAAACUAUACAUAAUUUCAGAAUGGGCAGAAAUGGGUGAUCUUAACACAUACCUGAAAAACCAUACCGAAACAUGGAAUUUCAAACUCAGAAUUGCUUCGGAAAUAGCUGGCGGCUUAGUUUUUUGUCACGUUUGUGAUAUAUUGCAUCACGAUAUAAGAAGCCACAAUAUACUGUUAACAAGUGAUCUAACAGCAAAGAUCAGUAACUUUAGUUCUAGUCGUAAAGAAAGUGACGUUACAACAAAGGUCAAGGAUAUCACACUUAGAUAUAGAUGGCUCGCUCCUGAAAAACUAGAAAAUUAUAAAGACAAUGAGUAUACCAAACAAUGUGAUAUAUACAGCUUUGCUAUUGUGCUUUGGGAACUUGCCACCCAAGAAGUGCCUUUUGCCGACGUUACAGUUGUCACAGAUUUGAUUACAAAGAUAACGAGUGGAGAACGCCCACCACUGAUAAAGAAUGCGCCUCCCGCAUAUGAAAAAAUUAUGCAGCAAGGAUGGCAACAGCGUCCUAUAAAGCGACCAACUGCUGAUCUUAUGUUUAAGGAAUUAAGCAAUCUUUUUAAAUCCUCAAGGUCUCAAACAGGGUCAGGAGAUUUUGGACUCCCAUCACCUUCAACUCCUAUAAUAUCUACUAGUUCACGGAGCGAUUCAUUAUCUUCUUUCGACACGCCUCAGAGCGGUAAUUCUCAAAAAGAUUUUGAUAGUAUCAGUAUUGCUUCAAACUAUGAAUUCGAUAGUAUUGAUGAUUCUGGACAAGUGAAUAUCCAAAUUAUUCAACAUGACGUGAAUGAGGCAAAGAGAUUGCACAAUGAAAAAAGGUACAAAGAAGCAUGGCCAAUCUUUAAGCAUCACGCUGAUAAAGGAAACGAAAUUGCAGAGUUUUAUGUUGGUUACUAUUUAAAUGCCGGUGAUCGUGGUGUUGAGCAAAACAAGGAACUUGCCGUUGAAUACCUUCGUCGUUCAGCAGAAAAAAAUGUUCCUGAUGCGCAAUUAAGAUAUGGUGUUGCUUUACUUAACGGAGAAGGUGUUGUCAAAAGUGUAGAGAAUGAUAAGAUCGCCGUUGAGAACUUACAAAGAGCUGCAAAAUAUGGUAAUUCAAAUGCUAUGUUCAAUUAUGGAGAUUUAUUGAUAAAUGGCGCACACGGAGUUAAACAAGAUUUGGAAGAAGGUGAACAUUGGAUGAAACAAGCACAUAAAAAGGGUCAUCCAUAUGCAUAUAAAAAAUUAGCAGACCGAUAUAGAACUUUAGGAAAAAAAAUUCCUAAUGAUAUAGAAGAAGGAAUACGACAAAUCGAGUUAAAAUAA